AUGUUAAUUAAUAGUUUCGUGCCGCAAGACAUCAUCAGUCUCUCUCUAUCUCUCCCUAUCUUUCUCUCUGUUUAUCUCUCUCUCUCCCUCUCUCUCUCUCUCUCCCUCUCUCUCUCUCCCCCUCUCUCUCUCCCUAUCUCUCUCUCUCUCUCUUAUUUUGAUAUUAAUCCAACAAAUAUCUCUCAAUUAAAUCUUUGUUCUCUCUGCUCUCUCACACCCUUCUUUCUCUCUCUCUCUCUCUCUCUCUCUCUCUCUCUCUCUCUCUCUCUCUCUCUCAAGGAUCACGUUUCUUUCAAUUUUUCUCUUUCUUUAUUUCUCUCUUCCUUUUUCUUUCACUUUCUCUUUUUUUUUUUUCUCUUCCUUCUUUUCUUUACUUUUUCUCUUUCUUUCUUUCUUUCUUUCUUUCUUUCUUUCUGUAAUUUUGCUCUUUCUUUCUUUCUUUACCCAUCUCUUUCUUCUCAUUGCCAACAAAUACCUUUUCUUCCUUCCUUUCUCGCGUAA